AUGGAGAACAAGCCAAGCGAGCAUCUCAAUAACAUAUUCACAAUAACACCCACAAAUGGAUCUGGAUAUCUUGACAAUGAUACGAUAAAGCAGACCAUAAUUGCACAAGAAGCUACAUUCCGGGAACAGGUCAUAGAACUUCAUCGCGUGUACAACGUUCAAAAGAACCUAAUGGAAUUAGAAUGCCAAAGAGGUGAAUUAAGUAAGCAUUCUCAAGAGAAAAUGUAUUCAUCACCAUAUGGGCGUAUAAGAACAGUCAGGCAAGUUGAGCCUCCUGCUGGACAUGAUAUGAAGAAACCAUCCAAAAAAUUCAUGAAGGGAAAAGAUUUAGUGUGUAGUUCAAACGGAGUUUCUAUGAGGCAUAGCAGUAGUAGGCCCACACAAGAAAAACUGGCCUUUCAGGUUUCAGAUGAUGCACAUGCCAAUAAUACUGAUGAUGAUGUGGUGAUACUAUCGGAGAAGCCUGCAAAUAGUUCAGUAAGAAAUAAAAGUUCAUCUCCUGGUACAAAUGUGAAGGACCUUCAGGUUCCAGCUGAUGCACAUGACGAUGACAAUGAUGAUGAUGAUGUGGUGAUACUAUUAGAGAAGCCUACAGAUAGGUGGCCAAUAACUAAUGGUUCAAUUCUUGGUACAAAUGCGAAGGACCUUCAGGUUCAAGCUGAUGCACAUGCAAAUGAUAGUGAUGAUGAUGUAGUAAUAUUGUCAGAGAAGCAUGCAAAAAGUUUGCCAAGAAAGCAUGGUUCAAUUCUUGGUACAAAUUUGAAGAACAUUCUGGUUCCAAUCAGUGCACAUGUUUAUGAUUGUGAUGAUGAUGUGGUGAUACUAUUAGAGAAGUCUGCAAACAAUUUGCCAAGAAAUAAUGGUUCAAUUCUUGGUAUAAAUGUGAAGCUUAACAGUGAGGGCUCCUCACGCGUGAAUAAGGAGUGGACCAAUAGUUUACAACCAUCAGAUGUAUCAACAACGAAUGUUUUGAACAAAGAAGUUGUAGGGCCAUCUAGUAAUAUGGAAACAACAAACUUCCCAAGUGUGGGAAGUUCAAGUUCUCAGAACCAGGUCUAUUCAUUCGCAGGAGUGACCCUGAACCUCCCAGAUGUGAAGCUUGAAAUUGAGCCAUCCUCGCAUGUGAAAAAGAACCAUGUUAGUGGUUUACAACAAUCACAUGUCUCAACAUUGAAUGCUUUCAAUACAAAAGUGGUAGGGUCAUCUAGUACUAUGAAAAUAGAAGACUUCCCAAGUGUGGGUGCCUCCAGUUCCCAAAACCAGUGUUAUUCAUCGCUAGGAUUGGACCUGAACCUCCCAAGCUUAGAAGAUACCUUGAAUGGAAAGCAUGUGGGUGCAGCCAUUGAUUCAAACUUCUUGGUUGCAAAUGAGGAAACACAACAUAACAAUUCAUACAUCCACAAAAAAUAUGAUCGAAGCAAUGUCAUGGAAUGCUUCACACAUGAGAAAAAAAGUGUUGAUUCCUCAACCACAAAUGAUAUGUCCAGUUGUAGCAUCCGCAAUCCAAAAACAUUUGUAGCAUCCAGCUCCAAUGCUACAUCCAAAUCUCUACGGAAAAGCAACACUAAAGAUUACAAGAAUGGUUGCCUUCCAACAUUACAAGAAUAUUGCCGCCUUCCAACACCAAAGACUACACAACCUGGAGGGGGUCAAUAUCAAAAGCAAUCCCGGUUCUAUAAUUGUGUAGAGGACAUGAAUCUGAGCAAUGGUCCUCGAGAUGCAACUGCCACUCCGGGAGAAGCAAGAGAGGAUACCCCAAUGGAAAUCUCGUGGGUCAAAAAGAAGUUGCUAAACAUGAGGAAGGGAAUCUCCAUGAAAAAGUCACAAGUGCCAUCAAAUUAUGCAACUGGGCAUUCCCAUAUUUUGCCUAGUUCCAUGGCUUACUCAGAAGGUAGUUCAAAAAUUCUUGGUUACCCUAUUAAUACAACCACUGAGAAAGAUCCUCAACUCUCAUGCAUUAUGCACAAGGGCACAGACGACAUGUCCUCGAGUAAGGGUGUAGCUAACAUGGAAAUGCAAUUCCAUAAAAAGGAUGACACCAAUGCCAGGAAUCCCAUUGACCUGAAUGUUGCACUACCAUUCAUGGAUGAAAUGGAGAUAGAUGCCCACGCGCCAGAAAGCAACACUAUUCCUCAAGAACCAGAUGAUUCUUCUAAUGAAGAUCAUGUUGUGACUGCUGCGAAGAAUCUUAUGGCCAUGCAUAAGGUUGAGUUCCAAGCAGGAUUACCUGGAGGUAAUAACAAUGAUGAUGACUCUGAAGCUAUUGAACAACAUCUGUUUAAAACCAAACACCACAUUAGCAGCUCAACUCUAUUAUCCAAAGAGAAUAAGAGGAGCAAAGACCAUGGUGUUGCUUCAGCUUCAACCUCGAAUGUCCAAUUCAAGCGCAUCAACACCUCCAGAAGGACGUUAUGCCAGGUACCCAGGAUUCUAGAUGAUGCCUACCAUAGGUCAAAGAGAAAUUAAGAUUUCUUCACUCAUGAGAACUUCAUAAAAGUAGUUUUUCGGUGAUGAAUUUACUGAGAAUUAAGGAAC